AUGGUCCUUGAAAUCUAUGGAUUCUUCCUGCUGUUUAGGUAAUGGUUCAUUUCAAAAUUUAGACGGCUAGGCCCAGGUUGAUUUAGGUGUUAAAGGGUUACUCCAACUAUUUUCCACUGGCUCACUUUCUUAGUAUAUAAUGCCCUAUCUAGAUAAUCCUGCAAGUACCAUUUUAGUUGUCUUUGUUCAUUCCUGUUACCUAGAAUGUUGUUAAUUGAAUCCUUUCUCUUUUUAGGGGCUUCUUUCCAGUGGUUAUUGGUUUCAUUCGAAGAAUACCAGUGCUGGGGUCGCUGCUGAAUUUACCAGGAAUCCGCUCGGUAAGGAAUGUAGGCUGGAUAUUAGGAUGUGACUAGAAGCUGUCAGCUAUUACAAGCACUCUCUUUCCCUCUUUAGAGAAGGCUAUUGCAGAUAAAUUCUUAGUAAGUUGUAAAUGAUCUUUCUAGGUGUACAGAGAAAUUCCAGGCAGGAUCUGAGCUCACUUUAAUCCGUUCUGUAAAAAUGUUUUAAUUCUGUUAGUGCUCUGUAUCUCUUGGCGUGUGCGUGAGUGACAAAUAGUGUACGUGAACAUGGAAGAAUGAUGAUCCGCACUCAUUUUAUUCUAAUCUGGUGAUACUGUGACUUCUUAUCGGCUUAGCAGUAAGUCUCCUGUCUGAAAUGAAUGAUGCACUUUGAGAAACAAGGUUUUUGCACGCAGAAUUCAUUAACCAAACGAGAAACCACAGAAGUGAAUAAAUAGGCACUGAAAAUGUGAAAAGACAAAUGCAUUCAGUGAAGUUUAAGAACCAAAAAAAUUGAUUGGCCCUUUAUAUCCAAAAAGCGCAGGCAAACUGUAUUUUACCUAAACACACUAUUUUUAAGUGAAAAAACUCGAUUGUAGUAUAGCAGUCAUGUCCAAAGUCUGGCCCCCGUUCCAGUUUAAUACGGCCCCACAUGUUAUUUGGCUAAUCUAUCUGUUGUGGCACACAGUGAAUCCCCGAACCCCACUCAAGAUCUCUGGAUCUUUGAACGCCGCGGUCCUGAGCGGCGCACAGGGAUUCACUGGGGGUCAAGAGAUUGCGAGAACACAGACGGACGUGUAGUAACCUCAGUCUGAGUUCUCGCAGUCUCUUGGACGUCGCGGGAUUUCGUUCCUUCUCCCUGGAGACAGAGAGUGAAGGGGCAGAAUAAAAGCGGGAAGGGGCAGAGAAUGAAGGGCCGGAAUAAAGAGAUGAGAUGAAAAGUAUGCCGUUUGCAUAAAAUAGUUAAUUUAGCAUUUAAUGUUAAUGGUUCAAAGAAUGUGAGGCAAAAUGGCUGGCCCUCACGCCUGUUCACUUCAUCAAAUCUGGCCCUCUUUGAAAAAAGUUUGGACACCCCUGUAGUGUGUAGUGUUAAAAUCUACACCACUUAUAAAGUGCAAAAACUGACAUCCGAAAAAAAUACCUGCAGCAACCAUUAUAAAGCAGUAUAAAAAUCUGAAACAAACAAGUAAACGGUGCGUGAAUAUUAAAAGAUUGUCCUUGGCAAGGUACCCAGUGUGUAACCGUAAAAUAAAGUACAGACAGUCCAUACACGUACCCUUACAAACAUGGAAUGGCUCCACAACAAGAUAUCCAAACGAAAUUCAACAGUCGCUAUUCUUAAUGUAAAGCAAAAUCCUAAACAAUGGCACAAGGACACCCAGAGGAGUGAAUAUAGUGAAGUCAGAGUUACUACAGGGAUAAAAUGUUAGACCGGCUCCAGACCAAUUCUCCCAUGUUUGGCGUCUUCUCUCCACACUAUGCCUCAAUCUCUGACCGUGGACAUGGCGCGUUUCGCUCCUUGGAGAGCCAGUCCAACAUUCUGAUGUCAUUAAUUGGCAAUUAAAGGAGCCGCUUUAAAAUGAAGCCAUUUGUGAGAGUUGCAUCCUGUAAAUCUGAAAUCUUCUAAGGAGUAAAUGCAGUUAUUUAAUGAAGUUUCCAUCUACGUAUGAUUACUGUUAUGGGUAUGGCUUGUCUGCGCUAUAUAUUGUGGUUUGUUUGUUAAGGUUACACACAGAGUACGUUUCCAAGAAGGUUCUAUUUUAAAUAUUUGUGAACUAUUUUUUUUUAUUUUUUAUUGCAAGUACAGGAUGGUUUAAUAUCCACAUAUUGACUAGGGGCUCGUCAUGUCACUUCCUAUUCCGAUGCUAGCAAGUUUCUCUGAGUGAGCACAUGUUGGCAGUUUGUAAUAUAUAUAUAAAAAAAAAAAGCAUCUGAACAGACAGAGCAAAUGUUAAGAUUGACACGUGGUCAGCAAAGUGAGUCUGUGACACGUGUACAGCUGGUAGACAGUAUGAGGUUAUCAGAAUUGGGAAUGAUUGAGCUGGUGAAGCGGCCCCGGGAGAGAGAGAGGAUCGACAUGUGGUCAGCAACGUGAGUCUAACUGGGUUACACUAAAAGUUUAUAUUUUUGUAAAUUUUAAAUCAAAAUGGAAAAGCUGAGGUAAAAAUCUGAUCUGGAAUAAAAUCUCCACCUAAACCAUAGUCCCAAACUGGUCAUUAUGAGCUUGUUUUCAUCAACCAUUCUGAUUGAAUUUGUACAAAUGAGUACAUUCUCCUGCAAGCUUUGAGCAGCUGCCCUUGGACCCCAUCUUUUAUUAUCAGAUUUAAAAAGACAAAUCCGAAUAAAAUAAAGAGAACCGCUUUACAGCUAUACAUUUGCUAUCAUUUGGCAAGAACAGUAUGUAGCUUAACUUGGAAACAUGAGCUGAUCUUGGUCAAUAAUGGAAGCAAAUAACUUAUAAACUGUGCUGUGAGUAACACGACUUUACUGUGUAUGUCUCUGCAUGUCAUCGUUAUCUCUUCACCAUAUAAACCGGCCAGCCUGACUGGUGAUACUGUGUGUGUGUGUCUGCAUGUCAUCGUUAUCUCUUCACCAUAUAAACCGGCCAGCCUGACUGGUGAUACUGUGUGUGUCUGCAUAUCAUCGUUAUCUCUUCACCAUAUAAACCGGCCAGCCUGACUGGUGAUACUGUGUGAUGUCUCUGCAUGUCAUCGUUAUCGCUUCACCAUAUAAACCGGCCAGCCUGACUGGUGAUACUGUGUGUGUGUCUCUGCAUGUCAUCGUUAUCGCUUCACCAUAUAAACCGGCCAGCCUGACUGGUGAUACUGUGUGUGUCUGCAUGUCAUCGUUAUCUCUUCACCAUAUAAACUGGCCAGCCUGAUUUGGUAAUAUGCACAGUGUUUGAAGUACACUGUGUGUGUGUUGGGGGGUGUAUGUGUGUAAAGUAUGCCGUGUGGGGUUUUUCAUCCUGAGUAGCACAGAUUGUCCUCGCAGUUAGUUUGGAUCCAUGACCCAUUUACCAUGGCACAAUUUGCACUUGCCACUGGCUAGUGGACAAGCGAAAACCUUCAGUGUGUGUCUUUAUCUAUCUUUUCCGUUUCUGAAACCUGGGGCUACUUCAGCCAAGAGCGCCCCUUCAUACACACCUUAUGUCAGUUGACCUACAGGAUUUUUUUGUGUUUUAUUUCUCGUAACCUAGAACCUUGCUAAUAAAUGUUUUAGAAUGGAAUCCUUGGUCUGGCCGAUCUAUAUUAAGAAACACACUGUACAUACAAUUUCUAAUGGUUUAUCAAACCUUUACUCUGAAUAGUAGUUUUAUCAAGAUAUUUUUUUAUUUUUUUUUUGUCCCAAGCCAUCAUAAAUGAGAAGGAUUUCCACAAUAAUGGUCAGUUCCAAUCUUUCUCCUCUUGAAUUUAUUUGCAUGGAAGACCAUCUUUUACUUUUUACAUUUGAAUUUUCUUGUCUCACACCUCCUACACAACGUGAGGUUAUAUGAAGGGGCCGCAAUUAUACUCCCUGAUGGCGAAUGUUUGAAUCCCUAGUCUGCACCUAUUAGCAGAUUCCUCGAGGGAGGGCACUGUAGUCCUUAGCCAACCAAUUGCCUGCUACUUAUAGGUUGUGAGGAGGCUGGGUUUAUAGAUUCCGGAUUCUGUAACAAUGUAAAUUUCUACGCUUGUCAUUUUGGGUUUAGUGUCCGCUUUAUAAAUACCGCUUGGAAAAAAUUGGGGUGGAGCAGCGCUACAGUACUAAUCACAGGGGUGGAUGGAGCUGCACACUUGAGGGGAAGGGCAACCCUCAAACCCUUCAACAAAUCUGGGAGAACAGGGAACAGCAAAUACAGGGUGCGCUAAGUGGAACAAAUGAGAGAUAAUAUAUACAGAAAGAGGGAAGAACAACAAAAGAAAGUCUCUGAAAAUGCAAUGUGGACCUUAGAUAGGUAUUCUUUUGUUCUUGAUUGGGUCCUCAGUAGUUGAUAUGAAAAACAAAAGCAAAGACAGGGAGGGACCAAUACUGCAAAAGCGUUAGGAGAUGGUGUCACGGACAACACAGAAAUAGAGAAGUGCCAACCUACAAUAUACAGAGCUAUGCCGUGCUCUAGGUAAAACGGCAUACAGUGGUAUUUGAAACUCCCCACAUGUAGGAUAUAGCUGGACAAUAGGAGGUGUUUCUUCAAUACUUUGUACAACGUCUCAAAUACACGUCAGCAUAUAAAAUACAUAAAAAUAAGGGAAAAACCCAAUGGUGCAAUAACGUAUGUCAGCUACAAACGAACACUGAGGUCCUAAGAGUGCCAACUUCCAAUUGGGAGGGCUAUAACCAGCUCUGAGUAAAACAGCAUCCAGUGGUAUUUAAACUCCCCACAUGUAGGAUAUCCAUCUGGUGAUGUAUGGAGUGCAGGAUUUAUGGGGAAAAAAAAGCACAAAAGAGGGCCCAUAGUAGAUAAAAUAGAAGUAAAAGGAAACGUACUUACAGUGUAUAGAGCAGCCACACUGCUUUAUGAACCAGGUGUGAGUGGAAUAAUCCCCACCUAAGGAUUUCUUUUGUAGUACUGGAUUUGCAAACACAGCUUUACAUCUGUUUCAGAUUAACGGAUGAAACUGAUUUUUCAUAAGACAAUGUAGGGAUAUGUCUGGAAGGAUUUAGGUUAAAGGCACGUCUUUGUAUACAGACCUAAAAUUGGUGUUCGCCUCAAGCCAGGUACUUGACAAACUGCAAUGGUUUUGGAGAUUCAGCAAUAAAAUUCACUCCAGACUAAUUUAUUUUGUCUGUCAGCACAGAGAUUGAGCACACCAGUUCUCCUGUAACGCUGGGCGCAAUAACAGUCAUUUGGGGAGUUUCAAAUACCACUGUAUGCCGUUUUACCUAGAGCACGGCAUAGCUCUGUAUAUUGUAGGUUGGCACUUCUCUAUUUCUGUGUUGUCCGUGACACCAUCUCCUAACGGUUUUGCAGUAUUGGUCCCUCCCUGUUUUUGCUUCUGUUUUUCAUAUCAACUGAGGACCCAAUCAAGAACCAAAGAAUACCUAUCUGAGGUCCACAUUGCAUUUUCAGAGACUUUUUGUUGUUGUUCCCUCUUUCUGUAAAUAUUAUCUCUCAUUUGUUCUACUUAGCGCACCCUGUAUUUGCUGUUCUCCCAUAAAUACCCAGCUGCAUGGUAUUUUCAUUGAAUCCCUUCUGCUCCCAGCAUGUGCUGUGUGUUCAUAUAAGCACGCGUUGUGUGGGCAAAGGAGCGUGUCUCUCUGCCUCUGCGCUAAGAAGAGAUGUAUAAAAAUAUUGUUUAUUCACUUAAUAUUUAAAAAGUAUCCGGACACUUUUUUUUUUUAUUUCCCUUCAUUAUGUGACUGCAUAUUCUUAGAACUGUGUUUUGAUUUUAGUCAUAUAACAUUUUUCUUUUCUUUUCUCAUAGCUGGUAGACAAAGCCGGUGAAAGCAACAACAUGGUAUAACGGACGCUGUAUAGUGAUCAAACUGUUACUGGAUGCGUGCAGAUAAUGGCACUCCCUCAGAUGGUGUAAACACACUACGAUUUGCCUGUUACCUUCAUACCGAGGGCUGCUGUUCUGCAGUUUACUAGAUGACACGGAGGGGCAAUUACAGACAGAUUUUCUAAAAUAAAUAUUCCAGACUUGUUUCACCUCGGAAACCUCGCUGAGCCUCCAGAAUCCGUCAUAACUGUGGUAUCCGCUCUACGCACCGUUGUAAAGGAAAAAACACUUUUAUUUUAUUUAUAGAAACAAGGAUUCCAAGCGAUACACUCCGGCUAACGAGACUCGAUGUGAUGCAUGAAAUUAUGAUGGACCGUAUCAUUUUUAAAGACAGAAAAUAAUUGGUUUAUAUAAGGAAAAUUAGCUUGUUACAGUGAGAAACAUUUUUGUAUAUAUAAUGGGUAGUAAAAAAUAUUCAGCGUCCAGGUUGGAUCAGAAUUGCCUUUUUCUUUGUUUGUUUUUGUCAAAUAACACACCAGCAGCCUUUUUAAUUCUGGUAGUGUGAGUCCUUUUUAUUGCCACAGAAGUGACUGCACCAAAUAGAAUAUACUGACCCUUUAUUUAUUUUUUUAUAUCUUAAUUAGCGAGUGGGGUCACACUAUACUGUGUUUAAUGGCUCUAGUACCUGAUCUUUUCUUCUAAACAAAAUUUCAUCCCAAAUGACCCAUUUUAUUCUAUGUACAGUCACCAUUGUGAAAUACAGCACCAUGUUCAUAUCUCGGAGUUGUUAGAUUAAGUCCCAAAUUAAGAUUUUCUCCAAGCUCUAAAACGGUUAGGGAAACCUCCACUAUUUUACUUUAAUAGCGGACCUUACUGAUUCUGCUCAAACUAGGAUUAUUAAAACUUGUUGUUCUAACUGUCUUGGUAAAGUGUGGUGUAAGUCCUCUGUUAAUAUAAAGCAUUAUUAACAAAUGGUUAGAAACUUCUAAACAUCGGCUCAUAAUGGAAAUGGCUGCUUCCUUGAAAUCUUAUAUGAAAGGAAUGGUCACAUGUAAUUAAACACUGUUUUUAUAAUUACAUCUCUGGGGUGUAUUCAGUAAAUCUGGACUUGAGGGUUAUUGUCAAAAGUUGCAUAUUUUAAGGAAAAAUAGUCAAAAUGAAAAUGCUGGACUGGAGAAAUUUUCCAAUUUGCUUCAUAUGAUCUGAAGCAUUUCAUUUUCCAUAAACGGAAGUUUAGUAAAUAGCCCUGCAAGUUGGGUAUCUCGCGUCGACUUUCGGAGACAUCAAAACUGCCAUUAAAGUGUCACAGCCGUCUGUAUUGUGAUUGAAACGUCACUGUGUGCUCUGAGAUAUUUUAUAAUCUCCUGGGUGGGCGUACGAGAAUCAUGGUGAAAAUCUGAUUCAAUGUAUGAUGUUCAAUGUGAAAUAAUUGUGUGGUCUCGUGUAUCACGUCUGUGACCCAUUAAAUGAGGAAUGAUACUCAGUAAGGAUCUCACCGCCUGGACAUGGCUUUGGGGUGGUCUAGGGACCUGUGUGCAGGUAAUUCUGACAUGUCUAUUCCCUUCUGCUUUAAUUUCAAAAUUUAGAUCAACAUUUUGCCUGUUUUCCUGUCGGCUACUUUUGGCUUAAAAUGUAAAAUUCUCUUUAUAUUUCUGAUAAAUCACAAUUUAGUGAAUAACCCUGGUGGCACUGAUUGUAAGAUUGAUCACUUGAAAAUGACAGAAUAGCUAUCACAGACGCACUGGGUGCUAGGUUCACACAAAGCAUUUAUUGGGGUUUGGUAUCUGAAAGAAAAAUAAAAACCUCACUCCGUUUCCUCUCUUUCUGCCUUUAUUUUACUUUUUAUAUCUUUAUCUGCCUCUCUUAAACAGUUUGUGGGAAGAAAGGUUUGGUUAUUUUGUAGUAGGAAACUGCAAGUGGGUAUUCUUCUAUACUGAGGUAAUAAAGAUUCCAGUGCUAUUCUAUACUGGGAGGGAAUAAAGGUUCUGCACCUCUCCUACACUGGGGGAAUAAAGGUUCCAGUACUCUCCUAUACUGGGGGAAUAAAGGUUCCUGUACUCUCCUAUACUGGGGGAAUAAAUGUUUCGGGACUCUCCUACACUGGUGGAAUAAAGGUUCCGGCACUCUCCUAUACUGGGGGAAUAAAGGUUCCUGUACUCUCCUAUACUGGGGGAAUAAAGGUUCCGCUACUCUCCUAUACUGGGGGAAUAAAGGUUCCGCUACUCUCCUAUACUGGGGGGAAUAAAGGUUACAGUACUCUCCUAUACUGGGGGAAUAAAGGUUCCGGUAUUCUCCUAUACUGGGGGAAUAAAGGUUACAGUACUCUCCUAUACUGGGGGAAUAAAGGUUACAGUACUCUCCUAUACUGGGGGAAUAAAGGUUCCGGUAUUCUCCUAUACUGGGGGAAUAAAGGUUCCGGCACUCUCCUAUACUGGGGGAAUAAAGGUUCCUGUACUCUCCUAUACUGGGGGAAUAAAGGGUCCAGUACUUACUAUACUGGGGGAAUAAAGGUUCCGGUACUCUCCUAUACUGGGGGAAUAAAGGUUCCGGUACUCUCCUAUACUGGGGUAAUAAAGGUUACAGUACUCUCCUAUACUGGGGGAAUAAAGGUUACAGUACUCUCCUAUACUGGGGGAAUAAAGGUUCCGGUACUCUCCUAUACUGGGGGAAUAAAGGUUCCGGUACUCUCCUAUACUGGGGGAAUAAAGGUUCCGGUACUCUCCUAUACUGGGGGAAUAAAGGUUCCGGUACUCUCCUAUACUGGGGGAAUAAAGGUUCCGGUACUCUCCUAUACUGGGGGAAUAAAGGUUCCGGUACUCUCCUACACUGGGGGAAUAAAGGUUCCGGUACUCUCCUACACUGGGGGAAUAAAGGUUCCGGUACUCUCCUAUACUGGGGGAAUAAAGGUUCCUGUACUCUCCUAUACUGGGGGAAUAAAGGUUUCAGUACUCUCCUAUACUGGGGGGAAAUUAAGGUUCCGGUACUCUCCUUUACUGGGGAAUAAAGGUUCUGGUACUCUCCUUUACUGGGGAAUAAAGGUUCCGGUACUCUCCUAUACGGGGGGAAUAAAUGUUCCGGUACUCUCCUAUACUGGGGCAAUAAAGGUUCCGGUACUCUCUUAUAUCAGGGGGAAUAGAAGUUCCGGUAUUCUCCUAUAGUGGGAGAAAUUUCAUCCUGAUCUGUUGGAUGGAAAUUUUAUUAAAAUUCAAUUUGCUUUCCAUAGAAAAACUGUAGAGAUUGGCAUUGUUUGGGGAAUGGGUGAAGCUCUUUAUUAACCAUCGCUCUGCCAUUUAAUUAUGUUUCUAUCUCUUGGUUAGCUGUUUGUCAUCCACUUGAUGACUAUUAUUAUAUCUCAGAAAUAUACACAACCCAAGUGGGUUCAGCUGGUAUUUCUAAAAAAUAAAUAAACAAAACAUAGUGUGAAACAGUUAACCCCUUCCUGACGCAAGACGCAAAUUUUCCAUCAUGCUUGUCCUAUCGUUAAGGACGCAUGACGGAAAAUUUCCUUCAUUUAUUAAAAUUAACCCCAGAUCGCGGCGAUCGCAGAGUAAACACUCCUCCUCGGUCUACGAGGCAGACUAUGAGUGCCCGAUCGUGCUGCCCCUGCAGCUGUGAUUACUCUGACAGGCUGUCAGAUCGAGCACAUGUGAUCUUUCGUGUUCAGUGGGAAGUGCAGGGAGACGGAUCAGUGCUGGUCCUCUUCUCCCUGUGUACUUAAAUAAAUAAAUAAAGUUAAAUCCCACCCCCCCCUCCCCCUUUCCCCUGCUUUAUUAAAAUUAACCCCUUCCCUGCCAUUUCAUUACUGACAGUAUUUUACCCCGGGGUGUAUUCUUUAAUAAAUAGUAUGUGGUUUUGGGGCAGUAUAAAUAGCCAACCAGCUAAACUCCAAAAUGGAAUAUGUACACAGCGUAAAAAUUCUAUUUUUGAAAAAAACCUGGAGUGGCUGUGUCUCAAAUGUGCCCCUUUAAUGUCUACAUAUACCUGGCAAAUGUACGUACGGGGGUAUUGCUGUACUCAGCCGACAUAGCUGAGCAACAUAUGAAGUAUUAUACAGUCAUAGCACACAUAAGGUUUGCAAAAUAUGCUGCGCAAACUCACUUUGUGUGUCAAAAAGGCAGUAAAAAUGCUUAUUACCACUACACUUGGUACAAGCUAGCGGAAAAAUGAUCCCACGCUAAGGUUCAAAAUAUGCCUUUUGAAAUACCCUGGGAUGUCUUCUUUAAGAAACGGUAUGCUUUAUGGUGUAGUUGGAAUAUGUAGCCUGCUAAAUUGCUCCAAAAUGAAACAUGGACCCAUCAACACCAUCUAUGAAAAUUCACACUUAAAAACCUGAACUUGUCAUGUCUCUUUUACAGCAUGGUAACUUCACGAAAUAGUAGACGUGCAAUUUGUUUCGGUCCAAAUGAGUAUUCGGACGAAUUUCUGGAAAUUCGGAUAUUCGGGUACUUCCAAAUAGCUGAAUAGCCGAAUUGCCAAAGUUCCGAAUUGCCGACGUUCUGAAGUUCCGAAAUUGCCGCAUUUCCAAAGUUGGCGAAAUUCCGAAGUGUCAAAGUGCACAAGUGCCGAAGUUCCGAAGCACAGUAUUGCCUAAGUACUAAUAUACUUACCCAGUGGAAGAAUGAAGAAUGUUACACUGUAUACAAGUAUACAAGUUACUUAGCCAGUAAAUGGAAUGACAGGAACGAAUAAGUAGAUAACUCCCUAAUACCCAAGGUAUUAGGGAGCUAUCUACUAAAAGGCUGAAAGACCUAAAUCUAAAUGAAGAUUACUUAGUAUUAGUAAAUUAUGCCCAUACUCGCUAUACCGCGAGUAGGGGCAUGUCUAGUAAACAGUGAGCAGCCUGUGGCGGUGGGUGGGGACCCUAAAGUAAAAUAAUGGGGGGGACCUAUUGUCCUCCCCCAAGGCCCCCACCCCUGAGUGGUGGGUGGGGGCCCUAAAUUAGAAUAAGGGGGGACCUAAUGUCCUGCCUUGCUCCCACCCCUGAGCAGUGGGUGGGGGCCCUAUAUUAGAAUAAGGGGGGGGACCUAAUGUCCUCCCCCUAGCCCCCACCCCUGAGCGGUGGGUGGUGGCCCUAAAUAAAAAUUUAACCCCCCCAGGUGACUAGGGGUCCCUAAACCCCUAGUCACCCCCCUCCCAAAAACAAUUAACCCCUACCUACCCCCCUGACCCUAAAAAUAAUGAGGAGGGACCAUUAACUAAGUACCUGUAAAAAAAACAACUUACCAUUUGAUGUCUUCUUUUUUCAGCCUCAAAAAAGGCCAAAUAAAAAUCCAUAAUGACCGUUGCAAAAAAAAAAAAAAAAGAGUGCAAAAAAAUAAUCCAUGUUCACCCGGCGAGGGCUCCGCGCAGACUGAGCUCUGCAGGGCGGGGGAAGGCUUAUAAAGCCUUGCCCCGCCCUGCAAUUAGGCUCAGAGCACUCUAAUUGGUGGGUUUAAUCCAUCCAAUCAGAGUGCUCUGACAGGUAAAUGAAGAGACUGACAGGUAAGUCUCUACAUUUACCUGUCACAGAACUCUGAUUGGUUGGUUUGAAAUCCACCACUCAGAGUGCACUGUAUCAUUUUACACAGCGUGGGAAAGUUCUUUGGAAUUUUCCCACGCUGUGUAAUUUGACUCAUAACAACACUCUGAUUGGUGGAUUGAAAGUAACCAAUCAUAGUGUUAUGAGUCAAAUUACACAGCGUGGGAAAAUUCCAAAGAACUUUCGGCAUUUCAGAUGUUUUGGACUACACCUCCCAUGAUGCUUUGCCAGCACUAUAGCUGUAAGUGCAUUAUAGGGGAUGAAGUCCAUAACAUCUGGGGUGCCGAAAGCUGCCUACCCCUGGUCUAGGCCAUACAUUGGGCAUAUUGCUUUACUCAGAAGAUGUAACUGAGUUAUAAUUUGGGGAUUUUAUGACAGUGGCACGUAUCAAGUGUAAGAAAUACUCGGCAAAAAUGCAACAUGUUUGGAAAAAUUGCUAGAAAGAUACAAAAAUGGAUGUGGCUAGAUUAAAGGCGCUUAAUAGUUAUUUAGUGAGAAUUAUUUGUUAUAGCUGGUAUACGAACUUUUAGUGGAUACGCCAAAACCACUAUAAUUGUGAAACCAUAAGAAAACAAGAUACCAAGCAGUGAAUCAGAAUGCAACAAACUUCAACACAACUUGAUAUAAGUGCAGCGCUAAAAGUGUGAUAAUAAUACUCCGUAUGCAUUUACCCCUUACAGUACACACAGGGUAUGCAUGUAAAAUAAACAGAGAUAUAUAGAGUAGUAUUGCCCAGUAAUCCUUUAGUGGAAAGUACGUGAAUAAAAAAGGAAACUCACACGUUAAAGAGCCCUUUAUAAGGGUAAAGGCUCUAAACACAUCAGCGACUAUGCCUUUUAAGGUAGGCAGUAACACCUAGGCGUAGGGGUUGUUCCUUUCUUCACUCUGUCAGUGGAUUGUAUCUCCAAAUAAAGCACAAAAGAGAUUUCCUGGUGCAGAUUGUCUUAAGCCAGAAAGUGCAAAAUAUAUUUAUAAGCUCAAUGCUCACCUUUUAUAGAGCCUUUUGGUAACUGGCUCUAAGUACUGCAGGCAUAAGUGUCAAUUAGGAGGUGACACUUCCCUCAACUGGACACCAAAUAUGAGGAGGAGAUGGAAUAUAAGUAACUUAAAAUUAUAAUUUAUUUAGACAAAAAAUAAAAAUAAAAUACAUGUAAAAGUAGCAUGCAUAAAUACUAAAUAUCCUCUCUCUCCUCUUCCGUCAGAAACGCGUCUCCUCUUCGCGCCUUUUUUCGCUGGGUUUCAUUUCUGGUUUGACGCCGUCGCUUCACUUCCGGGCCGGCUUGAUUUGCCGAUACAUCACUUCCGGGUCCUAGUUGUUCCUACAAAUCCCAGCAUGCUUCAUUCUUCCCAUUUGUCUUCUAAAGUCUGUUCUUCUGGUAUCAUAAUUGAUAAAAUUAACUGAACAAAAGUCCUUUAUAAUCACUCAAAAACACAAACAUAGUUAGUACAUUAAAAAACAUAUAGGUCGGGGAGCGGAUCCUGGCACUGAACCGGACAGGACGCCAUCUCUCCCAGCUCCGACAAUCACACACACAAUCUGAGCGAUAUCCUGGUGACUAACCGCCAUACGACCGUGUACGCACCAGCUACAGCCUGGGGACACCACACUGAAUCCCCAGAUGCCCUUCCAGUACUCCUUGAAGCAUUUAAAGGCAAGACGCAGGACCGGGGCCUACCACACACCCACCAACAGCGACCUCAAGUACCUCUGGGGCGGGGACCCCGCGGGUAACACAGCAGAGCUGUGGUCGAUCCACACAUCACCCGCCAACACAUCAAUGGGGCGCAGAAAUCAGAAGCUUACAGAACAGCUUACAGUAACGCUCCAGAACAGAGGGAUAUAGGAGCUAUGCUCCAGCGGCACACCUCCGCCAAGAUGGCGGCCGCUGAAGGCCCGACCUCACCAGGGGCUCCCCAACACUUCAGCUGCAGAACACAACGGAAGACUCACAGCAACAGCCCACAGCAUCAGCAGGUAACUCUGAACCUGCAACCAAACAGGACCUCCAAACCCUAUACACUAUGCACAAGACAUUCAAAGCCUCCUCACUGCUGACCUGCCUAUCCUAAAAUCAUCCAUGCAACAACUAACAGGCAGAAUGGAGGCAACUGAAGCAAAUAUUAAAGAGCUUAGCCAAGACACCUCCACCAUGCAGGCAUCUAUACUCCAACUACAAGCAGCCCAACAGGCCCUUUCACUACAGGUGGCAGCGCAGGAGGAUAGGUACCGCCACAACCACGUAAAGAUAAGGGGCAUCCCGGCCACGGUCCCCCAAGAGGAGCUGCCACACUACGUCAGAAGGCUUCAGUACUGCCACCUGCUACCGUUAAAAAAAUAAACAUUGCUGGGCUAUAUCGCCUACCAACGUCCACCUUAACGCCCGGCGACGUCAUACUCCGCUGUGCACUACCUCAAGACAAGGGGCAAAUAAUGGCAGCGGUAAGAAACAAGACCCCACUUCCCUUUGAAGAUUCGCAACUGUCCUUUUACCAGGACUUAUCCAAGGCCACACUGCAAUGGCGAAAAUCCCUGAACCCUGUCACCACCCGACUGCAGGCAGCAGGAGUACCCUACAGGUGGGGAACGCCACGAUCCCUUCUUGUCUCGUACAAGGGGUCCACGCAAAGGUUAACUACAGGGACUGAUAUCCCAGCAUUCCUUGCAGCUCUGGACAUGCAGGAGGCAACGGCAGCACUAACGGACUCAAAUCCCGCUCACGGAUGGGACCCAUUCAAUGUGGUACCAUUUGUGCCAAGAACUGUAGCCGACUGCCCACCUGAUACCUGACUGGCAGGGACAUCUCCAGCCCGGUCCAAACCCAAUGGAGGGACUCACUGAUCCGGCAGCCCUAGGCUGAAAAGUUGCAGAAUUGUAAAGUUCUAACAACAUGGUUCUGGUUGUUCUUGUUUUUUUGUUUUUUUUCAUGCCAUAUGUCUAUGUCCCUUGCUGUAAAAUCACCCAUUAGAGGACACAACUUUCAGCCUGGGCCCACUAGGCAUAGAGACACCAGGCUCACAAUAAUACACCCAAACACUCAUGCAGCUGCGCCCUAGUCCGGUUACAUCUAGCCACGCGUAACCAAUCAUUGAAGUGCCCCCCGCUACCCUCUUGGUUAGGGGCUAAGCCUCUCUUGAGAGGUCAACCAUGCACAAAGGUAAUCAUCCCCCCCCCCACCCCACCCUGGGGAGGAGGGCAACACUUACACCACCGACACCCGAGUGCAGAUAUCGCUUGA